AUGGCAGGUCUCGUCGACAAGUUGACCGCUUCUGGCGGCACCGAAUCCGCAGGAUUCCUCAACGAUAUCAUUGAGCAGUUAUGGCCCAACAUUAACGUCGUUGGCUGCAAGAUGGUCAAGGAUAUCGUCGAGCCCAUGUUCGCCUCAAUGCUGCCGGGUCCUCUCGCCUCGCUCAAGUUCGUCAAGCUCGACCUGGGACGUGUUCCGAUGCGUGUGUCUGCGGUAGAUGUCAUCAAAACCGACAAUGGCGGUAUCAAGCUCGAUAUGGACGUCACGUGGAAGGGAGAGAGCGAUAUUGAGUUGGAUGGCAACAUGGUCCCCAAGCUGGGCAUCGAGCAUGUCCAUCUCAAAGGAAGGUUGUCGGUACUGCUGGCCCCGCUGGUUAAUGUCAUCCCUCUGAUUGGGGCUGCCCAGGUUGCCUUUAUCAACCCUCCGGAGCUCAAGCUCGACUUCACUGGCGCCGCCGACGUUGCAGACUGGGGUAUUGUAGAUAAGUCAAUUCGCAAGGUCAUCCUUGACAUCAUCGCCUCCAUGGCUGUGCUCCCCAACCGCUACCUCGUCAAAUUGGACAGCAAUAACGACUUCUUCAAGACAUAUUUACCCCACGUGGGCGCCCUGCGUCUGACCAUCGAGAGAGCUAUUGGAAUCAGCGGUCCAAAGAAGAGCGGUGCUAAGAGACUCCUCGCUAAGAUCGUUAAGGACGUUCCUGAUUGCUACUGCAAGGCCAUUCUUGGUGCCGAGGACGAGUGGCGCACGUCAACCAAGAAGAAUAACAAAGAUCCAGAGUGGAACGAAACCCACGAUUUCCUGGUUGCCGACUACGACCAGCGGAUCUUCAUCGAUAUUCUGGACGACGACUUGGGCGGCGAUGACGACAUUGGUGUUGCUUCGACCACUGUCAGAGACAUCCUGCUGGGCGGCGGCUCGCAGGAGUUGGCACUCACUCACAACAACGAACCCACCGACGCCAAGGUUACCGUCCGAGCCAAGUUCUUCAACUUCGUUAACAACGCGGAUGUCAUCACGUCGGCUCGGAGUGAGAACGAGGGCCGAAUCGUCGGCCUUGCCACAGUACUCAUCGGGAGCGUUCUCGGACUGCAGGGUCAGCGCGACGAGCUGAACCCCAGCGUCAAGGUGACGUGGGGCAAGAAGGAGUUCCGCACCGCGGCCAAGUCACACAGCCCAGGCACAGACAUCUUCAACCCGUCGUUCGACCAGGCCUUCAGAAUCCCAGUUACGGCGGACUUGCUUGCCAACCCUGGACACUUCAAGAUCGCUCUGCUGAACAAGGCCGACGAGACCGGGUCCGUUGAGAUACCCUUCCAGCAAGUGCUCGCAUCGCCGGGGUUGGUCAGGGAAGACAGCUUCGACGUUGGCCCUGGCGCAACGGUUAGAGCGAGCAUCUCCCUUCGGGGCUUGCAGCCCAGCCAAUAG